AUGGACUCGCCAUCAGCGUACGGUACAUUAUCGGCGUUUCCAGUAGAAAUCAGGCGCCAGGUUUGGCACGAACUUCUCUGCGAGCCCGUCGCAAUCCUCACGCCUUUAUGGGUCCUCCGUUCCCGGGAUGGAUUAUACUAUGUCAAAAUCCCUGAGCGCACUCCUGUAGACGUCGCCAUUUUCCGGUCCUCGCAAGCAUGCGGGGUCGAAGCGAUGGAAGUCUUCUACUCGGAACACACCUUCUCCUUCUGCGCGCUUCCGAGCCUAUGGGAGCUCGAGUGCAUGGACAUCAACUACAGCCUGAGGGUGGCUCAAUUCAUCACAGAUUUCAGAACCAGGAUGCCGUCGUACCCCACACAGUUGGCUGCCCAUCACAUCAGGGACGUCAGGAUGUCGAUCAGUAUUCCGCGUUCCAAUGGCUGCUUCGGGAGCUACCAAACGUCAGACCAUUCACUGUGUAUAGCUUUGAUGCACAAGUUGCAAGCCUCGGGCAAAGUUCGCAAGACCUGCUCUAUCGACCUUCUGUUCUUCGGCAUUGAUAAAUGCCCGGAACUCAUUGAGGUGCUCGGACCAACCUUCUUCCGAGCCUUCAAGACCUUGACGGCAUUCAACAAGGUCACCAUCAACAGCAGCGGCUUUCCAAGACCUGCAUACCUGACUUUCAAUCCUGACAAAUCAUACGCAUCUUGUCUAGACUGCUACAAAAAUACAGCUCUAAUAUGCUACGUCAUGCAGAGAAUCGUGGAAGAGCUAGAACCGGCAUUGGGACCUGCGACCGUGCUGGACGGUAGCUAUACGCACAUCGCUGAGUUUCGCCCACGGAUUCGUCCAGCGGAAUCUGGGAAAGCGGGAACAAUAUUGGCGGUUCAAACCAACAUGGGCAACAGGGGAAUCGGGCUCAAAUCAUUGAUUGAGAGGCUUGGACGUCACCAAGCUAUGAGAACUAGUGAAUGGGGCUUGUUUCCAUGCGGAAGGCGUGCCAUGAGCGAUGGUGUAUUCACAAUCUGGUCGUACUCUAAGGAGAGAAUUGCAGCAGCGAUCUCAAGGAUAAUGAAUUGA